CUGUUCACCCCUGUGGUCAGUCGUACUAGUAUAAGAGGCAGCCGAUCUUUGGGGAGCUUUGAAGAGCGAUAGAAGAAAAUUGAAAAGAAGGCAGUGGAACUACAGAUUUGUAAAGGGAUUCUAAACAAUGGCGUCAACAGCAGCAAUUGUUCAGACCAGCAAUAUAAACAACGUGUCAAAAAUGAAACGAAAUGUCAAGAAUUUUAUGGGAAAACGCAUGAGAGGCAAGCAACGUCCCUUCGAUGAUGUCAGCAACACAUUUGAUAGAACCAUGGGCGGCCAAGUAAAAAAGUCGAAAAAGGGGAAUUUUUCCGACCCAAUAAAAUGUGCCAACAAUGAAAAUGAGGAACAUUCAUCUCGCAUUCCAGUUAAGGCCAGAACCGAGGUGACUAAAAAAGCGUCAGGUAAACCACGACUGACAGAGAAAACCAAAUCCAGGGAGUUUUUUGUCCCAGUCCCCAAAAGGUUGGAGACAGAUGAUACUUUUGAUCUCAGUUGCUUGAAGCAAGCUUUUCCAAUUUCUCGGCCAAAUGGCGUCAUUGACAUCGACGAAGACGAGACGGACUUGUUUCUGUGUAAAGAAUACUCACAGGACGUCGUAAACUAUCUGCAGGACCUGGAACACAAGUAUAAACUGGGACCAGAUUUUCUUGACAACUGUGCGGAGGUCACCCCAAAAAUGCGGGAGAUUUUAGUGGAUUGGCUGCUGCAAGUGGAGGUCCACCUUGAGAUCCAGUCCCAGACUAUUCACAUGGCCAUUGCGAUGCUGGACAUAUUCACAAGCCGCAGGAGUAUUGGCCUUGACCGCUAUCAGCUGCUGGGGAUCACCUGCCUCUUCAUUGCCGCCAAGUUCGAAGAGAGAUUUCCACCCGAGAUUGACACCCUCACUCAUUUGACUGACGGAUCAUACACGAAAGACCAAGUACUUAAAAUGGAGAUUUUAGUUUUGAAAGUGCUUCGGUUUAGCCUCCACAUGCCGAACCCAAUGGUGUUUGUUGAGCGAUACCUCAAGGCAGUGCGCGGUUCUGACCAAGAUUCAACGGUCCGUAACCUGAGCUUUUACUUCAUGGACUUGAUGUUAUCCGACGCAACGUGUGUGCAGUUCUCGUCAUCUAUGAAGGCAGCCGCAGCCGUCCAUCUUGCUUCAUCAAUUCUUAUGGAAGACAGCGAAAGCAAGUGGGCUCCAAAUCUGCGCUAUUACAGUACAUACGCCCCCUCAGAAUUGAAACCAUGCAUGCAAAGAAUGGCCGUGGCCCUCACACGUGCUGUGAAGGGAAGAAAGAUGCUCCAGGGUGCAAUGACGAAGUUUAGCAGCCGAAGUCGCCAUGGAGCUGUCGGUCAGAUGACUCACCUAGCAAAUCACCGAGUGGUCAUUUCUUUGGCCGUCGAGGGAGAACCAACGCUGUGCACCGAGACGUCUGUUUAAGAAAAAAAUUGGUCUGAAACCUGAGACUGUGAUAUGUGAUAUGUGAUCCCUUCACAAUUUAGAUGACCUAAGAACAGUUGGAUGUAUCAGUACUUUUCCCAAAAGACACCAGCAACUGUUUAUAUUUGGAAAGUGCGUAUAUUUCGCUCUGCAAAACUGUCCUUUAUUGCGCCAAUGUAUUUAUAUAGGACAUCUUUAUGUUCCACGUUUUAAAAUGUUUUCACGUUUAUUUUUGUAUUGUGUUGUAUUGUGCGUUUGUAUUUUCAGUUUGUAUUAUUUUGAAUUAUAAAAAGUGUAUUUAUGUAUUGGCAUA